AGUUCAGUUCAGUCCAGGUAUAAAGAACAGACCCAAUGUUAUCUUUUGGCAUGGUCUUCCUAACCUAGUUUAAAAUUCUUGAGGCUGAUUAUUAUCAAGAGUUUUAUUCGGCGGUUUCAAAUAUUACCUAUCUAUAUUUUUCUUGUUCUUGAAGUGGAUAUUUAUAUCAAUAUAAUCAUACAGAUUAUAGCGUUUACAGGAAGAAUUUGAAAAUAAGAUGCUUAAGGAAUAUAAACAUUUAUCUAUCUAUUGAAAUUUUUUGGAUAAGCUUUUUGUAAUAACACCGGAAGAAAAUUGUUUCAAAAUGUUUGGUUUGAUUUUGAAGCAUCCUAUCAUAUUUAAAGUUUCAUUAAUUAAAGCACAAUCUAUUCAUGGGAUGAUGCAAAAGUGUUUUAAAUAUGAUAAAAAUAUAUUUUCAUCAGCAUUGAUUGUUAGAACAUUUCUAACAAGAAACAUAAGGUUAUCUGAUAUAUUAGUGCAACCAACAAGUUUUCUUAAACUUAGCAAAUCGCCACAAAACUUGUUAGUACGGCAUCAACAAACGUCAAAAUUUGAUGUGAAUACAAAUGUACAGAAUAAUGUAAUUUUAUACAAAAACGAAAAUAAUGGAUAUUUUCGGAAUGUUCAACUUUUUGCAAUUGGGCAAUUAUUUGGUUGGUCCGUAUUGGCUUUCUAUACUUAUACCCCAGCUUUCUUCGAUAUAUUUACAACUGAUAUAAAAUUUAUGGAAUUUGUAAAGGAACAUGUAAUUCAACUAUCUCUCUUUACUUGCUCAAUUUUUGUAGGUCCUAUCAUAUUUGCUUUUAUGUAUGCUACAUGUGCUCGUAACAUCAAAUAUGUUAUCUUAAAUAAAGGUGGUAAAACAGUUUCACUUUUUACUUAUCACAUGUGGAAAAGAAAAUCUCACAUAUUAAAUUUACCAAUAGGAAUGGCAAGAUGUACCUCACAUAGAACAGAUCAUGGAGUAUGUAUACCACUUAAAAUAGAAAACAGAGCUUUUUAUUACCUGAUUGAUAAAAACGGCAUAUUUGUGAAUCCGAAUCUUUUUGAUUAUACAAUGGGAUAAUUACUUAAUCUUAGAAAUUAGAAUAGUAUUUUAACAAAUACAUUUUUGUUAUAUUAAAAUUGUUAUAUUAAAUAGUAGUUACUGUCCUGUAUUUAUACAUGUAUAUAUAUAAAUAUACUUGAUGUAUAUAAAAUACAUAAACAUAUACUUUUAAUACUA